AUGGUAUCCUUCUCUUGCGAGUCCUGCGGAGACGUCCUCACCAAAAAGAAACUUGACCCUCAUCGCAAUCAGUGUCGCGGCGCAUCGUUUACAUGUCUCGACUGCAUGGUACAUUUCCAAGGGAACGAGUACCGCGCUCAUACCAGCUGUAUCAGUGAAGCGCAAAAAUACCAAGGCGCCCUCUACAGACCGGACAAGGAAAGGAAGAACAAGCAGAGUCACCAUAACAAUUCGAGGGCCGUCGUACCACACAAAGCUUAUGUCGAGGAUGCGGAUGAUGAGUACCACCACAACUCGCAUAUCGUGAUCGUCGACCCUCCUAUGCCGGAGGCUCCGGAGCCUCCAUCGGCAGCACCUGGUUUUGAAUUCAACUCGGAUCCUGUCAAUGUCUUUGAUUUUCUUGUUGACGCCACUCCUAAUACAUCGCGACUCGAACUACCUGCGCCCGAGCCGAUGAACCUGAUCGAGGAAGCGCCGGAAGAGAACAACAACCAGGGUUUAGUUAAAGUACGAUUCGAGGACGCAGGCCACAAUAUAUCGGAACUCGUCGAGUAUGGAAGUGGGCCAAUACCAACAGAAGAAUUCAAAACCCCAGCGCCCAAGGCAGAAAGGGAUAGGGAACGCCGAAGGGAGAAAAAGGAGCGCGAACAUACGAGCAAGGACAAGAAGGAUAAGAAGCGCAAACGUCUACAUGUCGAUACCCGGGAUCUAUCACCACGUGGGGAAACCGACGAAGUCAUGACUGAUGCCCCACCUGUUCUUCAUUCCGGGUUAACUGGUGGCCUCAAUCGAUUACUUUCCCGUCCUUCAGUAUUCCCACCAUCUCCAGACUAUUCUGGCGGCGAUGUAGCUGAUGCCUCCCCUGGGAGUCCAUUGAAGAAGACGAAGCAUUCCAAGCGUGGCCGUAGCCGUGUCGAUACCAUAAGCAGCAAUUUAAUGUCACUGAUCAGCACACGCCCAUCCCGUGAGCACUCAUCUGAGGAAAGACCAAAGAGGAAGCACAGACGACAUCGAGAAGCUUCCGAGAGACCCAAAAUGAUCGAGUACCAUCCGAGGGAUGAGGAUCGCGCUGUUCAAGACGACCCUGCCGCCGAAAUGGUCGUUUACAAGCCACGCGCAGACUUGUUACUGAGUUACAUCAACAAGGGCCCAGACAGCGAGCGAGGUGUGAGCAUGAACAAGGCGCUCAAGAGAUAUCACCGCGACAGAAAUGCCGUAGGAGUGGGCUUGAGCAAGGGGGAAGAAGAGAAGGAGCUCUGGAGGAGCUUGAGGAUGAAGAGGAAUGACCGGGGAGAGAUCGUUCUGUUUCUAUGA